CAACCAAAUACAUCUUUGAGCAAUUUGAGACACAUUCUUCCCGAACAAAGUACAAACUAUAAUAUAUAUUUUUUUUGUAAAACGGUGUUUCUGAAAAUGGUGGUUUCUUUAGAAGCCUUGGCAAUGGCAGGCACAAGUAGUGUGGAAUAUGGAAUAGAUAUUGAAGAAUGGGAACGCAAUGAUUUGGAGCAAUAUCCACCACCCCAUUUACUAGCCCAAGAAGAAGAUGACAAAAUUAGCAUCAAUGGAGCUAAAGGGUACACUGAGGGCAACAAAGUAUAUGGCCUUCCUAGUCCUACUACCAGUACUCAUUUCCUUCCAAAUAACAACACAAAGGAGCACGAUGUCACCUUCACCAAUCAUGGAGAAAAAGGGAAUGGAACUCUUGAAACAAGAAGGCUGAAAAAAUGCGCCAGUUCAAUAAAAUUAAUGGCAAGAGCACUUGAAAUGUUAAUAUCAUUAUCUUGUGUUAUAAGCACAAGAGAUUAUUAGGGUUCUAAUCAGCAGGCCUUUUCCAAAUUAAUGUAAUUUAACAAAACACGUUUUCUGCUUCAUCAAGGUCAGAUAAUUGUAUUGUAGUUCUUUUUUUUAGAGGGUAUUGUAGUUCUUUAUUAUUUUAUUUUUUUAAUUUUCGAGACGAGUAUAAUAAAUUAAGAGAGGUCACCAAGUUAUAGGUCAUGGAAUUAGGAGAAUCGGUUAAGUUUUGUUUACCAAGUCAACCCACUUGGCUUAGCUUGACAUGAAAUUUUGAUGUAAGAACUCAUG